AAAAAGGGAAAAAAAAAAAAAAAACUACCUCAGAACGAGAGUUUCCUGAUCCCCCUAGGAGGGAAGGAGGAGGAUUCUCUCUGUGAACAACUUCAGUUUCUUUCUGGCAAUUCUUUCGUUUCUUUAAUGUGAUACCCAUUUACUUCAUUAUUAAGAAAAGGAACCCUCGCAAAAAGUGGAAAAAAACAGAGAAGGGAGGAGAAAAACCAAGCACUGACUUUGAUUUUGCAUUUCUCAAAGUCCAGCUAAAAUAUAAAAAAUAUUGAUGACGUCAAGAACUUUGAGGAGAAGACUUCUUCACGGGGAUGUCGAUGGAAAAAGGCAAGAGCAUUUGGAGACCUCAGGGUUGGAUGGUUUGGACGAGCCUCUGCUAGGGAAUUCUGAGCAUGAUGAUGGGCAUUCAGAGGGAUCCAUGCUUGAAGAUCUUCGGGAUGAGGAACGGAGGAAAGAAAAUCUCCAUUGGACACUUCUAUUUUCUCAGUUGAUCGCACAGUGGGCAGAAUGGUUAGCAAAUAUUGUCCUUGGAUCCGGGUCUCUAAUUGGACGCCUUCUAGCUUUUUCUUCCAACAUCCAAAGAGGACAAAGCAAUAAACUGCUUCCACCCACCCUUAGUCCCUUGCAGGAAGAAAGACUCAGAAAUCUACAGCAAAGGCUUGAAGUCCCCUUUGAUGGUUCUCGUGGGGAGCACCAAGAUGCACUGAAAUUGUUGUGGAGGCUGGCUUUUCCUAAUAGGGAGCUCCCAUCUCUUAAAUCAGAGCUUUGGAAGGAAAUGGGUUGGCAAGGUCCUGACCCUUCAACAGAUUUUAGGGGUGGAGGUUUUAUAUCACUGGAGAACCUGAUCUUUUUUGCCCAGAAGUACCCGGAAUCAUUUCAGAGAUUAUUGCACAAACAAGAUGGAACUAGAGCUGAGUGGGAAUAUCCUUUUGCUGUUGCUGGGAUCAAUAUUUCUUUCUUGUUGGCUCAAAUGUUGGAUCUUCAAUCAGGAAAACCGACUUCAUUGGCAGGAAUUCGCUUUCUAGAAUUGCUUGGGGAGGAUGAAAUGGCAUUUGAUAACCUCUAUUGUGUAGCGUUUCAAAUGUUGGAUGCUCAAUGGCUUGCAAAGCGUGCUUCCUAUAUGGAUUUUAAUGAUGUUCUUAAGUCAACAAGAACCCAGUUAGAGCGCGAGCUUGCACUUGAAGAUGUAUUCGGCGUGAGAGAUUUACCAGCAUACAACCUCUUGAGAAGAUAAUCUACACACUUACUUAUAUUAGUCUGUCAACUCUUCCCUUUUUUUUUUUUUUUUCCUGUUCUCUGCAGAUAUUGUAACAUAAGAGUUGUGUCCAUAUCUCUGAAACUACACCAAAAAUUGUGCUCUUUGAAAUGCCAUUCUAGUGUUUGGCCAAUCUUAUAUUACAAUGUUAAAUAGCACCCACCUAUAAAAGUCUCUGAUCUAUGUUUGAUUCUUUAGUUUCAUUGAACUUAA